AUGGCUCAAAUAAAAGACCUCGAGAAAAUGGAGAUCAAGACCACCAAACUCCAAAAUGAUAAUGUUUUCCUAAAACGAUGUAAGAAGAAUAACAUCAUCCCACACGGAUUGAGAAUAAAAAAUCAAUGGCUGGACAUCCCGUCAACCCGAAAACGAUUCCAAAAACUGGAGCAAGACCUGUUGAAAGACAUCAUCAACUACAACUACGGAACUCUUGCGAAAUUGAAGAGAGAAAUAGAUGAUACCAAGACCCAAAUUUUGACAAUAUGCACAGAGCACCAUCAUGCAAUUUUUGAUUUUAUCAACACGUCCAAACUGAAAUACAACACAGAAGUGAAGCAGAAACAAAGAAACAAAUUUGACCGACUCCAGCAAACCCAAAAACUUACCCCAAGAAUCAAUUCCCACCCACAUCCUUCUAUCCAUGUGAAACGAAGCAGCAUCGUCAACCUUUCAAAUAAAACUCUUACCGAAGACGAGACCGAAAUCUUGGAGCUCGGUUUGAACUAUGCAGUUCCUUUACGCAACCAAUCUGAACUCAUUGUGGGAUCAGGCAUCUCUCUAGAAUGCUGUUUACAAGAUCUUGAAAUAUCCGAAGAAAAGGAAGACUCUGUACUACGCGGACUCUCAAGAAUAUUGUCUUCAUACAAAAAUCGACCCGACAACAAUAUUAAAUCAUACCAAUGGAUCCCUCCAAAAAUUAGAUCAAUUAAACAAGACAAGAAUAUCAUUAUUUGUCCUGCAGACAAGGGGAAUGCAACACUUAUAAUGAACAAAGAUGAUUACAACAACAAAAUCAUGGAUAUGCUGACUGAUCCAUCGUAUGAAAUGAUUCGAGAAAAUCCAACCACAAGACUAGAAAAAGAAAUUCAAAUCAAAUUGAAGUCCCUCCGUACACCAAUGUGCUCUCCAAUCAGUCCCGUUUUCGCCGAACUAUACAUGCAGUACUUUGAAUCUCAAGUUGUACAAGACCACCCAAAAAUUGACCUUUACCGACGUUUCGUGGAUGAUUCUUUCUGCAUUAUUAACGAUGACGCAACACUAGAUUUACAAAAAGAAUUCAAUCAAUUCAACAAACAUAUCCAAUUUACUUAUGAAGAAGAAGAAAAUGGACAAAUAUCUUUUUUAGACGUGACGCUAAUUAGAGACGAAGAAAAUCAACUCUGGAGAAAGGUGUUUAGGAAAGCUACUCACACCGGACGUUACUUAAAUUAUUCAUCAUACCAUCAUCCAUCGCACAAGAUCUCCGUGAUUGAUGCAUUACUAUAUCGUGCUUUUAUAAUUUCUGAUCCCGAAUAUCUUGAGGAAGAAAUUCAGCAUAAUUGUUCUAACAUGGUUGUCUGGAUCCUGAUGACACAUGAGGUCGAUGGUGUGGGUAAAGACGGCGUAAAUAGUGAAAUCGGCCAAGUGGUUAUAAAUGGCCUCAUUUUCGCCAUCCGGAAGGAAGGAUCGUGCGCAUUGAAGACCAUCCUCAUCAGAAAAUGCUCUGAGGUGGAUGGAUUCGCCUGCGAUUGGAAACCCAUGAAUACUCUCACGGCUGUUGACAAUGACAAAUAUGUCUAA